GUAGUAGGAAGUGGGUGGCAGGAGCAGGGGAUGUAGCGACGCCUGCGUGGAAACUAUAGCUCCUAGUAUUUCUCCACAAAUGCGGCGUUAAUCUGAGAUCGUCGUAGUCGGACGCGCCGCGUGGAUCAACCGGAAGGAAAAUCUGCGUCUGGACGGAGGGAAACGAGGAGCGAUCAGCUGGACGCGCGCGCCUCCUCAUGAUGUUCCCUCUGAUCCAGCCUUUUCCACGCUGGGAUGCCCUGAGGAGCCCGUGGACAUUCGAUGAGUGAAGGGUGUGGAGGACUUGAAGUUGCUUGAAGAUGGUCUCAUUCGGUGCCGUUGCCCAACAAACUGUUUGGGAAUUUCGUGCGCCCUCGUUCGUUGCGAUUCGGCUGUAUUUGCUUCGAUCCAAACUGUGAUUGGGUCUGGACUCUUCCUGGGGGUUUCUGUAGGUUUCAGGUGGGGUUUGGUUCCUGCAGCUGUUCAGUUCUUUUCCCCGCUGAGCAGCGCUCAGUGAUCCCUGUCCGCCAGCAUGGGGAGUCUGUCUGCUGGGGUUCACCCCAGGAGCCCCCUCUUCUUCCAUGCUUCGCUGGAACCUGAGGCUUGAUUUUUAGCAGCGCAGCAACAGAGAACACCACCACCCCCCCCCCCCCCCCGGCCAAACAAAACAAAACAAAAAAAUGGUUUAUUUAUAUUAUUUUUCACUGUCGCCUCUGAAGCCACCACCAACCUCUCAAGUCUCCUCAAAAAUGUCCAUCUUAUUCUCUAAACACAAUGGCAACGGCAAACCACGCACACCGGUUCCCUAAAAAACACGCGAGAGUUGGCCUUUCACCUGCCGACAGGUGUGAACCCACGCAUGCGCCAUGGAGGAUUCAGGGAUCAUCCGCAGGCGGAGGCUGCAGAAGGAUCUACCUCUGCCCCGGAAAAGUAGCAGUGGCUGCAGAACCAGUAACAGAAAGAGCCUCAUCCUGACCAGUACAUCGCCCACAUUGCCAAGGCCACACUCUCCUCUGCCUGGACACAUAGGAAACAGUCCUCUGGACAGUCCACGCAACUUCUCCCCAAGUGGACCGGCUCACUUCUCCUUUGCUUCUUCUCGCAGGGCGGAUGGUCGUCGAUGGUCUUUGGCUUCUCUGCCUUCCUCGGGUUAUGGCACCAAUACUCCCAGUUCAACAUCCUCCAGUUCAUCUCAGGAGCGUCUGCAUCAGCUGCCCUCCCAACCCACAAUGGAUGAGCUGCACUUCCUGUCCAAGCACUUUGGCAGCACAGAGAGCAUCACAGAUGAUGACGGAGGGCACCGCUCACCGCAUGUUCGCCCUCGCUCUCGAAGCCUCAGCCCGGGGCGCUCUCCAUCCUGCUAUGACAAUGAAAUCGUCAUGAUGAACCAUGUCUACAAGGAGCGUUUCCCCAAGGCCAAAGCUCAAAUGGAGGAGAGGCUGGCAGAAUUCAUCCAGAACUACUCCCCAGAGAGUGUUCUGCCGCUGGCCGACGGGUUACUCAGCUUCAUCCACCACCAGAUAGCUGAGAUGUCCAGAGACUGCCUGGCCAAAUCGCAAGAGGGCCUUAUCACCAGUGUUUACUUCUGCGAGCUACAGGAAAACCUGGAGAGGCUGCUGCAUGAUGCACAUGAGCGCUCAGAGAGUUCGGAACUCACCUUCAUCAUUGAGAUCGUCAAAAAGCUCUUCAUCAUCACAUCUCGUCCUGCCAGGCUGCUGGAGUGUUUGGAGUUUAACCCAGAGGAGUUUUAUCACUUGCUGGAAGCAGCCGAGGAUCACGCCAAAGAAGGGCAACUCAUGAAAGCAGACAUCCCUCGAUAUAUUAUAAGCCAGCUGGGCCUGACCAGAGACCCACUGGAGGAAAUCGUGAGCCUUGACAGCUAUGACAGUGAGGGCCCACAGACUCCAGAGACAGAUGACUCAGCAGAGGGGAAAGGAAGAUCCAUCAAACCGCCUACGGAAGAAGACUUUCAGACCAUCAAGCUGAUCAGCAAUGGAGCUUAUGGCGCUGUCUACCUAGUGCGCCACAGAGAGACGCGGCAGCGUUUUGCAAUGAAGAAAAUCAACAAGCAGAACCUUAUCUUGCGGAAUCAGAUCCAGCAGGCUUUUGUAGAGAGGGACAUCCUCACUUUUGCAGAAAACCCCUUCGUCGUCUCCAUGUUCUGCUCCUUUGAAACCCGCCGACAUCUCUGCAUGGUCAUGGAGUAUGUGGAAGGUGGUGACUGUGCCACUUUGUUGAAAAACAUCGGGGCUCUCCCUGUGGAGCUGGCAAGGAUGUAUUUUGCUGAAACCGUUUUAGCUCUGGAAUACCUGCACAACUACGGUAUCGUUCACAGAGACCUCAAACCCGAUAACCUCCUGAUCACCUCCAUGGGACAUAUUAAGCUCACAGACUUUGGUUUGUCAAAGAUGGGUUUAAUGAGCCUUACCACCAACCUCUAUGAAGGACACAUAGAGAAAGAUGCCAGAGAGUUUCUGGACAAACAGGUCUGCGGCACGCCAGAAUACAUCGCCCCGGAAGUGAUUCUUCGGCAAGGCUAUGGUAAGCCUGUGGACUGGUGGGCCAUGGGUAUCAUCCUGUACGAGUUCCUAGUGGGUUUGGUGCCUUUCUUUGGAGACACACCUGAGGAGCUGUUUGGACAGGUUAUCACAGAUGACAUAGUUUGGCCGGAAGGAGAUGAAGUUUUACCCGCCGAUGCCCAGGCCCUCAUCUCUGCCCUUUUGCAGACCAACCCUCUUUUAAGGCUAGGCACAGGUGGAGCGUUUGAGGUGAAGCAGCAUCCGUUCUUCAGUGAUCUGGACUGGAACAGCCUGCUGAGGCAGAAAGCGGAGUUCAUCCCUCAUCUGGAGUCGGAGGAAGACACCAGUUACUUUGACACUCGCUCGGAUCGUUAUCAGCACAUCAACACGUAUGAUGAGGAUGACACCAACGAUGAUGAACCGGUGGAGAUCAGACAGUUCUCCUCCUGUUCUCCUCGCUUCAGCAAGGUCUACAGCAGCAUGGAGCAUCUUUCACAGCUGGAGCAAAAAGCCACAACCUCUGUGUCGCGUCGGGAGCACAAGGGAGCAAGAGAGGACAAGAUGACCAAGAGAGAAAGCCUGGGCAGCUUUGGCAUGAGGGACAAAAGCUGGAGGACCGGAUCUCCUGAGAUGAAGCGGCUGUCCUGUUCAGAGUCUCUCCACAUGGAUGGAGAUGCGAGCCCUCCUCUUGGUGCCAGGCGCCGUUUCUCAGCUUUAAUGGAUACCCACCGCUUUGCCUCACCUCUGGAAGGUGACCCAGACGUUCACUCCCGCCAGAACGCCAUGAGAAUCAGAGGGACUUCACUGGACGGGACCACGGUUCCAUCCCCUAGCGUGCUGGAACAGCGAGCCACUCCAAAGGAGAUCAAUGGAGCAGGUCUUGCAGCUGCUAGCCGUGACGUGAUGACUCCUCUUUAUGACUCUCUGGGUGCCCGAGCCGCCAACGACCUGGUCCUCCGCCGAGCACGCCACCAACACUUAUCCGGUGAUGGAGAGAAACGCAACCCCAGAUCCGGAAAUAAAGUCAUCAAGUCUGCCUCUGCCACCACUCUAUCUGUGAUCAUCCCAUCAGUGGAGCAGCAUGGGGGCUUCUCCCCACUGGCCAGCCCCAUGUCUCCCCACUCUUUCACCUCGAACCCUUCAUCACGGGACUCUUCGCCCAGCAGAGACUUCUUCCCAGCAGUCAGUGUGCUGCGUUCCCCCAUAACAAUCCAUCGCUCGGGAAAGAAAUACGGCUUUACGCUCAGGGCCAUCCGGGUUUACAUUGGAGACAGUGAUGUCUACAGUGUGCACCAUAUUGUUUGGCAUGUAGAGGAUGGAGGCCCCGCCCAGGAGGCUGGCCUGUGUGCAGGUGACCUCAUCACUCAUGUCAAUGGAGAACCUGUUCAUGGUUUGGUUCACACUGAAGUUGUAGAGCUCAUUCUUAAGAGCGGUAACAAGGUGACGGUGACAACCACUCCUUUUGAGAACACCUCCAUUAAAGUGGGCCCUGCUCGCAAGGCAAGCUACAAGUGUAAAAUGGCUCGACGAAACAAAAGGGCAACAGGAAAGGAGGGACAGGAUAGUAAGAAACGCAGCUCCUUGUUCCGGAAGAUCACAAAGCAGUCCAACCUUCUCCACACCAGCCGCAGUCUGUCCUCUUUGAACCGCUCUCUGUCCUCCAGUGAAAGUCUUCCUGGUUCUCCCACUCACAGCCUGUCUGCUCGGUCCCCAACUCAGGGUUACCGCUCCAACCCUGAGCCCCCAUACCUGGGCGCUUCCUCCCAGAGCAGCUCUCCAGCUUCCAGCACUCCAAACUCCCCCUCUCCCUCUCAGCACAUGAGGCCCAGCUCGCUGCACGGCCUCUCCCCAAAACUUCAUCGCCAGUAUCGCUCUGCCCGAUGCAAAUCUGCUGGCAACAUCCCUCUGUCCCCCCUGGCCCACACACCGUCCCCAACUCAAUCCUCCCCGCCACCGUUGCCUGGUCACACCAUAGGGAGCUCCAACACCACACAGUCCUUCCCCGUCAAGCUCCACUCUUCCCCGCCUGUGGUUCGUCCAAGGCCGAAGAGCGCAGAGCCGCCCCGCUCUCCUCUUCUCAAACGGGUGCAGUCGGCAGAGAAGCUGGGCUCGCCGCUGACUCAGUCCAGUUCAACAGGGGGUCUCGGAGGUCUGCUGAGGAAACACAGCCUGGAGGUGCAGCACUCCGAGUACCGCAAGGAUGCCUUCCUCUGUGAGCUUGGGCUCCAAAGCCUGCUGGAGACAGAGGGAGAAAAUUUACCUCCCAAUCCUCCCCCCUCGACCUCAUCCUUUAAUGCCCCAGAGACGGGUGUGCUGAAACCUGUUAGGAGACUCGGUCGGCAGGAGUCUCCACUCAGCAGGGAGACGCUGCUGGCUGGAAGAGACAGGGAGGAGAGGGAAAGAGGGAGGGAGCGGGAGAAAGAAAGGGACACCAGGGCUGUUAAAACUCUAGCCGAAGGAGGAGAAUUUCAAUCGUCUCUGGCAAGAAGGUCUCUUGGAAGUGAGAGGAAUUUUAACCCUCAAAGUUCCAGAAUAAGUUCAGAAACCUCUAAAGCUACAACUCCAAGCAGCCCUGUCAAAACCACGGGAGGUUUAGGUGGACAGAACGGCCCCGAGAAGGUUUCUCUGAGUAAGGCUGACAUUCCUCAGCAAGAAUCAAAGCCAGCCAGAAGUUUAUCUAACAGUAAAAGUCCCCAAGAGGAGCUGUUGGCGGACAAACCUGGACCAAAACAGGAUGGAGACAGCAAAAGUCGGUCUGGUUUAGCGGCUGCUGCCUUGAGCAAGAGCUCUCCUGCUCCAGAUAAGUCUACGGGCAUCAGCUCAACAGGAACAGGAACUCAUCUGAGUAUGAACAAAACUUUUAAAGCGCCAGGUGCCGGGGACAGCAGUGACACAAGAACUUCCGACCUAGGGAGCAAAAGCCCCAAACUCUCCGCUCAGGUCCUAGCUCCCGUCGUUCCCUCACACGGGCAGCCGCUCCUGCUGAGCAAAGUGAGACAGGGGUUGGGCUCGGUCAACUGCUACAGGGGGACGCUGGACUGGGAGGACAAAUGUCGCUUGGAAGUGGUGGAGGAACAUUCUCCUUCUCCCUCCCCAUCUCCUACAUCAGUCACACCAUCCCUCUGUGGACCUUCCCUCUGCAAGUCGCGGCCCGUUUCCCCGGGCGACAAGACGAGCUUCGUCAGCCAGCUGACCACGGUGGCCAAAAACGUGCUGGGGCCAAUCAAGCUAGGCUCUCAGGAGGGGGCCAAGAGCAAAGAGCAGCAGACUAAGUCAUCAGAGGAGAAGCAGGGAGGUGUCGCGGGAAAACCUGACACUCUGGCUGGAGCUCGAGGAGCUGCUGGCACUGCAGCGGCGACCCAGAAUUCUGCAGGGUCACCGCUCGAAAAAACUGCAGCAAGUAGCAGCAGCCUGCUGAAAAUGUGACCCCUUCUGUGUUUCUAAACAGACGUUGGUGUGAAAAAAAAAGCCUUUUUGGAAAAAAGCAAGCACUUAAAGCAGUGUACAUUCCAGUUUCAGAGUAUAUAAAGUGGUAUAUAUUAAUUCAAAAUCAGUUUAAUGAAUAUAACUUGAAAAGGGUGCAAAGUAAAUGUUGUAAGGCUGACUUGCAGGUUUUCUAUUACGAGUAACUUAUUGAAAGGACUCUUAAUGUUUAACACUUUAUCAGAUGUAUUUGUGAGGGUCAGCGUGAACGCAUGUAACGGCUGUAGGACAGGUGAAAAAGUGCUUUACUGAUCAAAACAUGCUGAAAACUGUGAAUACCAAAUCUCUCACUCCAUCUCCAAAUCAGGCCUUUCUCUUUUUUACAGCUUGUCAAUGUCAAGUUAUCAUAUUUACAUCGAGGAUUACAUGCAGCAGCAGUGUGACAUUUGCAGGAGUUUAUUCCACAGUUUACGGUUUCCGGGGGAAAUGGUCAGACAUUGCCAAAGCUGGCUCUCUGUCUGUGGAUUUGGCAAAAAAACAAACAAAAAAAGGAUUGUGUGCAAAUGUGUGUUUUUAUCUAGAUUGUGUCUAUUUCAGAGGAUUCUUGAAGGCUGCAUCCCUCAGUGGAGGUGAAGCGCUUAUCUCCCAUUUGCAGGAAGGCCGCCACGAACACCCCCCCCCCCCGCCCCCCCUCGCUGCCUCAGGAGGCAGCAGUGUCAGCGGCUGAUUUCCAUGCAUUUUAAUCCCAACUCCUGCUAUAAUCCAUGUGUUAGGGGACAAGUUUGUUUGAGGGCGUGUUUAGGAGGGUGUUAGCAGUGCCUUUUUUUUUUUGAGGGACCAGUAUGACCAGGAAAUGGGUCAUACCUAAAAAGAAAAUGCAGUUAAAAAUCCUCUGCACUGCAUUAGAAACAGUAGAACUUGUUUCAAGCACAAAUGAAGUGGAGUGUUGGUUUAAGCAGGAAGACACUCAUGGAAGUAGCAUACAUCAUUUAUUUAUCGAAGGGCUUUGAAAGAGGUAGAGCUUAUAGUAAUAAAGUGUAACAAUUACAUGGUUAUUGUUAAAAAAAAGAGUUAUCCAUUAAAUGGCAAUUAGGUUUAGCAACUUUAGCUAGUGGAAUUCUCAGCGUGGCAAUGGAUAAAGAUGAUUCAGUCAAUGACAGAUAUAUUUACCUGACAUUUUAUCUACCGUGUCUCAUCCUUACCAUGUAGUUUGUAACCAUCCACUGUACAUAAUGCAAAUCAUUUUAAGGGGCUCAGGUACAGACGGGCAUGUGGGUAUGAUUGGUACAGGAAAGGGUCAUUUUCUGCAUCCAAUGCGUUUCUUUUUUUUCGUCUUUUUUUUAGGGUCAAAAUUUUCAAUUUCACAAGUCUGAAAAAUAGGCAAAUUUACGCUAAAAUAAAACUGUAAAAACACUAAAAGAUUUACUGACAUGACUAAAUAUAUGUCAAUCAACUCAAAUGUCUGGUUUUCCAGUUCAGUUUGAGAGUUGUUGCUUUUUAAUUCAUUUUUAUAGGUUAAUUGGUCACUCUUAAUUGCCCUUAGGUGUGCAUGGGUGUGUGAUUGUGGCUCUGCGACAGACUGGCGAGCUUUCCAGGGUGUCCUCCGCCUUUGCCCACGAUUGGUUAGGCUCCAACUGCCCUGUGACCCUGGAAGGGAUAAAACGGGUUUAGAAGAUGGAUGAAUUCCCUAUUCAUUGUAGAUACUUUACUGAAUGUGAGUGCACAGAUUGUGCUUUAGAGCGGCAAGUGACACCACAGUCCAACACUGGAUUCUGUUGCAGUACCAGUUUGCAGUCACACAUUCUGAUGUGUCAGUCAUUUAAAGGCACCUCCCAGAAAGCAAACUUCAGACUAAAAAUUAUAUUGUUCCUAGAUUUUCCAAGUGAUCAUGCAAACAAAAUAAUCUGAUCCAGGUAAUUGAAGGUAUUGAACUGCUAUUUCUGUAGUGCUCGUUUAUCAUAUUUUUGUUUUACACAUUUUAAAAACAGAAAAUUGCAGUGACAUGGUGGCAAGAGGAGCUGUAUAAAAGUAAACAGUCAUUAAAUAUCCACUUCGAUCAUCAUUUGAUCUAUUGUAAAAGCAUUUCUAAUGGUCUUUUAAUUAUGAUUAUGGUGUUUUUAGCCUAAAUCAAAGCUACUUUUGAUUUCUAGGACAUAGUUUGUCAGGAGUUCAUUAGAAAUUUACCUCUAAAUUGUGGCCAGAACCAUUAGCACGGAGUAAGCUGUGGAGUCCAGGAAAAGCAAGGAAUACAUUUACUUCCCAUUAUCCUUUGUAUAAACAAAGAUGUACAUGGAUCUAGUCAUUUAGUGGAUGCUCCUGAUUGAUAGCAAUUUGAAUAAAGAAAAUACUGAGAAAUUCCAUUUUAAGCCUAAAUUUCUAAAUUUACGUGUCCUCCAUUUGCAGAAAAAUACCACAAGAACAUGUUUAAAACACCAAAAUCACAAUUUUCAUCAGAGUGAGUUUUUAAUGUACACACAAAAGACAAUAAUAUGUUGCCUAUUUUGUAGAAACCUCAAAUUUAACCUUCUGUUAGCUCAAGACAGAUUGUUAUAUAAAACAAGUGGAAGUUGGAGUCUUAGGUUCUUACAUGCAUGUGAUAACAUGUAGUGAAUGAACCCAAAAAGGGACAAAAACGUGUAAAAUAUUCCUAUUACUUUUCCAUUUUUGCAAUUUCUAUAAAUUAAUUAGUUUGAUAUUUGUCUAUUUUCUCCAAAGUAUUGGAUUUUCCUGGUCAUGGAAACAGGCUUCAGAACAACACAGUGCUGCACUGCCCUCUAGUGGUUCAUGGUGUCAUUACAAACGUGGACAAAGUUUCUUGAAUGAAGCUCUAACCCCUUUUUUUCAGAGCUAAACUGGUGCUACUCCACACAGGCUGACUGAGUAUACAUUUGUUUUUUUUACAAUAUGUUUGCAGUAAAUUUAAACUGUAAAAUUGUACCAUCAAAUAUCUAUCUUGGUCUUCAUGUGACUGUUAAUUAGAACUUAGAAAAAACAGGGAAUAUUCUUUUAAUGAAUCUUUCUUAAAUCUUUAUGUAACAAUGAAAGUAUCAGGUCAACUCCAGUUAUCUUAUAUGAGAAAAAAAAUUAAAUGAUUUAAAGUCCCAUUAAAAUUUUUUAAGUAAGAGCAGUCUACUUGCACUUUAUUUGAAAGAAAAAGAUCCCUAUUCUUGGUUCUUCUUACAUCUUUGUGAUUGCUAUCAAGCAUGGAUUCUUUAAGGGAACAAAAAAGUCCAGAUAUGAAAAACAUUCCACACUUUCUGCUCCCUCUAACCUGUUUUGGUUGUACCAUUAAGGGUAAUUUUGUUUGUGGUAAAUGUGACUCAAACCCAGAAAUCUGGGACAGAUUUACUACUAUCUUAUUGCACUUAAUGCAAACUUCAUCUUGGGGUUCAGAAGUGGCUGUCAGUAUUUAUUUAUAAGGUGCGAAAAUGAAAAAAUAAAUAAUGAAUAGGGCUUAUUUAACUGAUCUGUACAAACUGACUUCCUAAAUGUUGUUUCUAAUGAUUCACUGCCUAUUUUGUUUUCCUGCAUAAAAAGCAAACAAAGUCCAAGAACUUUAGUUUAGAUCUUGCUGGACACUUCUUGUUAAGUAUAGAUGCAUUAUUGAAACAUGACUGCCAAGCCAUGCUGCUUUUACAUUUACAGUACAAUGGUCUAGUUUUCAAUUAUUGGAGACUUCAUUGGAGGUUGCUAUGCAUUUUCCCUAAGAGCAAGAAAAAGACCUUGUUACCAAAUAGGCAAAUUACAGGGAGAGCUGGUCAUAACGUAAAAGAUUCUUUUUGUUGUAUGCUAUAGACUUCAAUUUACACAUCCCAAUGUUUAUAAACUUUUUUUACAAAAAAAAAUGAAUGGAAUUUAUAAAUCAAAUCUGUUCACAGUCUGCAUGUGAACUACUUUACGUUACAGUUAGUAAGUCUGUGGCUUUUGCUCAUCAGCAGCUCAGCUUGUUUGCAUUCCAGUCCCAUUAAAUUCAUUGCUCUGGGUAAAACCUAUUUUGGUCAGUGCUGAAAUGAGUUGGCUUAGUCUCUGUUUGUUGAUUAAAUACAGUUUUAAAAUCUUGCCAUUCACAACUGAACACUCCCAUUGGUGCUAUUUUUGAUUUGCAUCCACUUGCUAAUGUGCCCAGUGUAGUAAAUCUGCCCCUAAAGUGCAGUAUGUGGAAUAAAGCUCUAAAAUAUCUUCCAAGACA